GACUUCUUAAUUUAUUUAUUUUUUGAUAAAAGAGAGUAAAUAAGGGAGUGAAAGUGAUUAUUUACUACCAGAAUACCACCACCGCGGAUCAGCUAUAACAGAGUUAAUGGCGAUGAUCCGCCACCACUACCGCCACCGCAUAGCGACGCUCACUCACCGCUUAUGUUCCUUCUACUCCACCACCACCACCAAAACCCCCACACUCUACACCACAGACACCCCGGACUCAACAACAAUCCAACUCCUCUCUUGGGGCAAAGGCGCCUCAGGCCAACUCGGCGGCGGCGUCGAAGAAACUCGUCUCUACCCAUCUCCAGUUACCAACCUACAUCUCCCAAAAUCCAAUUUCACACUUUUCAAAAUCCCCGGGCUUUUACCUGGGCCUGAAGGGAGUAGUAGUAAUAAUAAAGUGGUGAAAAUGGGUAUCUCUUGUGGGCUUUUUCAUUCUUGUUUGGUUGUUAAUGGUGAGCUUUGGGUUUGGGGUAAAGGUGAUGGUGGUAGAUUAGGUUUAGGUCAUGAAAAUUCUUUGUUUGUUCCUACUUUGAAUCCUCAUAUUGAUAAUGUCAGUUCUGUUGCUCUUGGUGGGUUGCAUUCUGUUGCUCUUACUUCUGCUGGUGAAGUUUUUACAUGUUUGCAGGGGUUAUGGAGGUUUUGGUGCACUUGGACACUCGGUAUAUCAUAGGGAGCUAUUCCCUAGGUUGGUAAAAGGCUCCUGGGAGGGGACUAUAAAACAUAUUGCUACUAGUGGAGCGCAUACUGCAGCAGUAACAGAAUCAGGGGAGCUUUAUAUCUGGGGUCGAGAAGAAGGAGAAGGUCGAUUGGGCCUUGGUCCUGGUCGGGGCCCAGAUCAUGCUGGCGGACUUAGUAUCCCUUGCAAAGUAAAAGAAUUACCUUUCCCUGUUGCUGCUGUUUGUUGUGGGGGAUUUUUCACAAUGGCGUUGACAGAGGAAGGACAACUGUGGAACUGGGGAGCAAAUUCUAACUAUGAACUUGGGAGAGGUGAUAAAAUUGGUGGUUGGAAACCAAGACCAGUUCCUAGCCUUGAGAAGGUUCGAAUAAUUCAAAUUGCUAGUGGAGGAUAUCACUCCCUUGCAUUAACGGAUGAUGGCAAAGUGCUCUCAUGGGGCCAUGGUGCACAAGGUCAGUUGGGUCAUGGAUCUGUCGAGAGCAAGAAGAUACCAUCAUUUGUGGAGGCUUUAGCUCAUGAGCAUAUUAUAUAUAUUUCUUGUGGGGGUUCUUCAUCAGCAGCUGUGACGGAUGAAGGAAAGUUAUAUAUGUGGGGAAAUGCUAAUGAUUCUCAAUUGGGAGUUCCUGGGCUACCGGAGAUACAAUCAUGUCCUGUUGAAGUCAAUUUUUUAAUGGAAGAUGAUGGAUUAGGACCUCACAAGGUUUUAUCAAUUGCAAAUGGCGCAUCACAUGCCAUAUGUUUAGCUUUGAGGGAAGGUUGUUGAUUAUGUCAGUUAACAUGGAGAUUUCUUCUUUGAAAUAAUGUCUUGUUGGCAUCGAUGUAGUUGAUCUUGAACAAGGUAAAUUUCAUAGGUGAUAUGCAGAAAAAGGUUAUUUUUGUGUGGAAUAGAACGUCUCAAUGAGUAUAUGAUGAUUGCAGACGAUUUUUAUGAUAGUUUUAGAUCUUAAACAGUCAAACUCAUUAUCAGUGCUACCUCUACACGUGUUGUUUCUUUGCGGUUAUUGUCAUCAAGGAAAUAUUUUUGUGCAACAUGAAGAUCAACUUACAUUUGAAGAAUCUCUAGCAAAAUGCCUGCAUCUUCACUUUCAAUUUUCGAUGUAGGCAAUAUUGUAAGAAAAGAACAUAAGAUCAUUGAAUUGUAGUGUUCAUGGUCUUAUAAUAAUAUUUUGCGUUUAUUUAUUGUGAACUGUUUUCUCUCUUUUUUCGUUUUUUUAACAUUCUUAAGCUGUAAUUUUAAGUUUUAGAAUAACAUCAUUGUAUUUAUAUUUCUAAAAUUUUAAUAAUGGCAAAAAUUGAGAGAUGAAGAGGAUCUUAACUCAUUUCAAAUCUCAUAAU